AUGCCCAGAAAAAGAUCAGAUUUAUUAGCUCCUACAAGUGGUCAAGCAUAUCAUCACGAUGGUCCAAUUAAUGAAGUAGUUUUACGAAAUAUGGGCAGUACACCAAACUAUGAUUUGCCACCGCAAAGGAUGCCUGGUAAAGAUCAAGCUACAGAUUCUCUUAAAUUGAAAUAUAAAUCCAUGUUAAUGUCUGGUAAUAGAAGAAAGAAACAAUCAGGUGCAAGCCUUGAUUUAAAUAGCGUACAGGCUAAUUCAGUCAACAAUAGGCCAUCGGUAUAUAAAAAAGGAUUUCAUAGUCCAGCUAAUUCAGAUAUAGCUGUAACAAACUCACCGAUUGCUAACUUAGCCGAUUCAAAGGUUAAAAGCAUGUCAGAUCCAGCGGUAGGUGCUGCUUGUACGCCACAUGAUGAUGAAUCAACGUUGCCGAUAACGAGUAGCGUAGGCAUGAAUAUCAAUGAUCCAACAUCGGGUAAGGCCGUUAAUGUAUCAUUAACACCAUCUACAUCGAACACCAUAAGUUUAGAUGGGAUCGUACCAAUGCAAGGUAGACAUGUACAAUCAGUUAUUGGCCACCCCAAUAAAUGGCAAACUUCAACCAAUGAUGCAUCUGCUGCUACUGUUUCUGCGACAUUUAUGAGUCCAUUUGGUGAUAUGAAUGAGACGAAUAAUGCGCAUACCAUACCAGCUAAUUAUCAUCCUCGACCAAAUGGAACAGAUAGCAAUUUACAACAAGCUAAUCACCCAGUGCCAUCAUUGCAGGUCCAAGUAUCGCAACAACAGUCACAACAACAGCAACAACAACAGCAGCAACAAGUACAUCAACCUCAUCUUCAGGCUGCACAUCCGGAAGCAUUUAUACCUAACCAGGAAAUAGAUCACUUUCAUUCUUCCAUACCUAAGCGUCCAGGACAAGGUAAUGAGCAACAACCGUUAUCUUUGAAAGAAAUUAGAUACAACAGCAGUCAAAUUACAUAUCGGCAACAAAUUAAUCGGAAACAACAGCAUAGAAAGCAUCAAGAACAAUGGAUGAAAAGGCCGCCAAGGCCACCGAUCAUACCUAAGGCAAAAGGUAAAGAACAAAUCAGACGAGGCCCUAUUCCUCAUGCGUCAAGAAUCAUUAUUCAGCAGCAACUUCAACAAAAUUCAAUGCAAAAGCAACAGCAAAUUCGAAACAAUUCUCAAUUUCAGCAACAUGCAGUUUCGUCUGUGCCAUUAUUGCAACAAAAUUUGAAUCACAAUAAUCCAUCAAAUCUGCAACAAAAUCAAAACAAUUUUGUUGCAGGGCAUUCUAUGUUACGCACACAAGCCAAUAAUCAGACAAAUUUAGGCAAUUAUCAGGAUCAUUCAAAUCUACCUGAACAUUACAUGAUCAACACUGACCCAAAUAGAAUUAAUGACACUUUUACCAAUGCAUCACAAGGACCACAAUCAACACAAAAUCCGCUACCUGCUACAUCUCAAACUAUGCAGCAAUAUCAACACGCUCCAAUUACGCCUCAAAAUCCUUCAACUUUAAAUGUUGUACCUGAAUACGAUAUCCAUGAGAAUCCAGUAGGAAAUUGGACUACAAAUAAUAGCAACAAGAUUAAUUCUGGUCAGGAUGGCCUUAUUGUUACUACACCAAAUAGUUAA